CGGGAAUGACGUGUUUGGUCUGUGCGCUAAUCGCCUUUAUCACUCAGUGGAUCUUGAUCUGGCUAUCAAUGACUAACAACGACUUCCAUGCUUCCAGAAGGCGUGAGAUUGUGCAUUAACCGAUCCGUGGAGUCGGUGAUCUUGAAAAGACAAAAUCACACCUUCUCUGGCUCGGAUCACAUCAGUAUCGAUUUUUGAACCACCUGAAAAGCAGCACAAGCAGGAAAUGAUGAAAAUAGCCUUCGCCCGCGCGGCCGCCCAGGCCGGCGCCUCAGCAGUUAGAGUUGGAGGAGGAUGCUGCUCAACCACCAUCCCAACCAUCUCAGCCGUCGCUGGCGCCAGCGCCACCCUCGUGGCCCGAAGACUCUUCUCUUCCGCUUCUGCCGCUACUCCUUCGUCAACAGCAACCAACACCGUCCCUCCGGUUGUUUCCACAGUCCCGCUCGUCUAUGAUCUUCAUUCACCGGAGAACCCUACGGUGCCGAAUAAGGAGACUCAGCCCAUCAUUUUCAUCCAUGGACUUUUUGGCUCAAAGAAAAACAACAGGAGUAUCAGUAAACAACUAGCCCGUGACCUAGGUCGUCAUAUCUUCGCCAUUGACCUCCGCAACCACGGUGAAUCCCCCCACGACCCCCGCCACGAUUACACCGCCAUGUCCGAGGACGUAGCCGCUUUUAUCCGAUCCCACGGUCUCAAAGACUCUACCCUCAUCGGGCACUCCAUGGGCGCCAAAGCCGCCAUGACUGUUGCUCUCACGCAUCCGGACCUCGUGCAGAAUAUCAUUUCCGUCGACAACGCGCCGGUAGACGCCCGCUUGCAAUCGUCCUUUGCGCGGUACAUCCAAGGCCUGAAAAAGAUUGAAGAAGCCGGCGUCUCCUCCCUCAGCGCAGCCGACAAGAUCCUCGAGCCCUACGAAAAAGAUCUAGUCGUACGCCAGUUCCUUCUGGGCAACUUGCACCGGCCCCGUGUCGAUCCCGGUGGAAAGCCGAGCCCGACGCUGCAGUUUAGGAAUCCGUUGGGGAUCAUUGGCAAGAGUUUGGAUCAUAUGGGAGAUUUUCCCUUCAAGGAUCCGCAUAGGGUCAGGUUCGGUAAACCCGCGCUGUUUGUCAGGGGCACAAAGAGCCAUUAUGUGCCGGAUGAGGUGAUCCCGCUAAUUGGGCAGUUUUUCCCGCUGUUUGAACUGGUGGAUGUUGAGGGCGGGCAUUGGGUUAUUUCGGAGAAUCCAGAGGCUUUUAGGCAGGCUGUUUUAAAGUUCCUCGAGCCUAAGGAGUAAACAAAAACUCCCCUGUUGUUGACACGGAGGUGAGAGUGUUGUAUUAGAGGUAUUCGUGGAGGCUAUGGAUUAUCCCCACACAGGACAUGACCCGAGCAUCCAUUUGUUCUCGAGUGGCGGUUGACGACGGUAAAGCAUUGCUUCUUGGUUUCCUUCUGGUUCACAAGUACCGGUUUACCAAUCAGUGCUUUCAAAAUGCCUGACAAGGUUGAGGAAAACAUAUCAUCAUGAGACAUACCAUAGACCUUAGACGAUAGAAAGAACAAGCAACUAACAUUCUCUUAAGCUUGCGAAUCAAGGAAAUCUCUAACAAAAAUA